UUUGGCAGAAUUUCUGAGAACUGUUACCAUUUAAAAACAAAAUUUGUCAAACGUCACCAACUUCACUGUCAAUAAAACCGUUGAUUAAUUCAAAUUAAAUGGUAAAUAUUGCUUUUAAAUAUUAGUCUUUAUAGGAAAAAUAUUAUUUUAUAGAAUAAUAAACGUAAGAAUGGAAGAUUUUGAUGUAUUUACUGAUGAAAUAGAAUUUACAGAAACAUUAUAUAAAAAUGUUCUAAAUAAAUAUGUGAAAAACAUACCGUCGACACCGAGCGGGCCGAAUUAUCAAAGUAGCAGGAAGCUGUAUGCUGAACAACGUUUAGCGGAGAACAAUGAGGCGGAGUGUGCAUUCUAUCUUAGUGAAGCUGUGUCCGCGUCUGUAAGGACAUUAGCCGUAUAUAGAGAUGAGCAAAUAAAGGCAUCGGCUAGUAAGACACAUAAAAUUGCAAGUUACAUAAAACCAAAAGAUAAUAUGACUGUUGGCAAGCCUAAGUUAAAAAGUGAGAAAGGAGUACUCGAUUUUCUAUCAAAAGAGGCAAAACAUACAGCUGAAGUAUUAAAUAAGUUUAGGAUAGAUGAUGAAUUACCAUUUUACAAGCAAUAUAUGAGAUUUGGACCUCAUAAUAAUACUGAAAAUUUACUAAAAAUACUCAAAGAACUACCAAAAGAAUGGACAAUAAUACAAUUAACAGCUGCAUACAACCCAAAUGAGAAUUUAAAGCCGCAGAAGGAAUUUAAAACUGAAAUCAGUUCAUUUUAUUUGACAAUGCUUAAAAAUGAUUACAUAGAUAUGAAUGAUGUUGGACCUCUCACUGUUAAUAUACCUGCUUAUGUACAUAAAGAAGGAGAGAAGCCAUUAUUCACAGAGUUAUAUUCCCUGCUGGAAGAUAAUUAUAAUACGAUAGGUAAAGCGCAGUUCAUCAACAAGAAACGGCUUGUGCAGAACUACUGGAACAAGCGGGAAGAUAUUGACUUGAGGAUGAAGGGCGUGAUCAGCGCGAUGGAACGCGACUGGGUGUGCGGCUGGAGCGCGCUGCUGACGGGCGCGCUGCGGGACGCCGCGCUGCGGGACAACCUCGUGCACUUGGUGGAUAACGCUAUAGCGGACUGGGGUUUUUUAAAAUUGACGAUCAAGCAAAAAACUCUCCUCUACAAUUUAAUUGACAGCUGUCAUAUAUUACCAUCCAACCAAAUUAAAUCAUGUAUUAGAAGAAUUUUAACGGAACAUGGCAACACUGAAGAUAUAAGGAAAGUCAUUGAUAAGUUUAUUUGCAAAAAUUGCAAUAAACAAUUCAAAUUUCCUAAUGAAUUAUGUUUGAAGUGUUUAUCUAAAUGUUUUGAAGAAAUUCAUCAUGUGAGUCUAGUGACAGGGAUUAAAGCGUUUUCUCAAGUGGCAACACAGGUGAAGGAAAAUUCCGAGUGGGCAACAUUAAAAACGGCUAAAAGAUGGCCGGUUAUAUUAAUUGUGGACGAGUUAUUGGACACGUUUCCUUGGGAGAUGUUAAGUUGUGUGCGCGAGCAGGCCGUCUGCCGCAUGGAGAAUAUACAUUUUACAUAUUAUUUAUACAAAACGCAUGAAAAGCAAUUUGUUGACGGACAUAUGGUGAUCAAAGCUGAUGUUGGAAGAUAUAUUAUUAAUCCAGAGAAGAACUUGGAGCGCAUGGAGAAGCGCAUGACGUCGUUCGUGCAGUACUGGUGCGCGGCGUGGCGCGGCCACGUGGGCCAGCCGCCCGCGCCAACCGACUUCAUACAGUAUCUCAAUGAAUCCGACAUAUUCCUGUACUGCGGGCACGGGGACGGCUGCCAGCUGGCUGGGGGCGGGGGCGGGGGCGGCGGCGGGGGCGGCGUGGAGAGCGCGGCGGGGCGCGGCGCGGCGCUGCUGUCGGGCUGCGGCUCCGUGCGGCUGACGGGCCCCGCCGGCCGCGCGCCGCCCGCCGCCGCGCACCACCAUCUGCAUAUCGCGGCUUGUCCGCUGGUGGUAGGGAUGCUGUGGGAGGUGACGGACCUGGAGGUGGACAAGGCGGUGAGUUCGCUGGUGGCGCUGUGCGUGCCGCCGCGCCCGCCCGCGCCCGCGCCCUGGCACGCCGUCGGCAAACAAAAUUGGAGCCAAGGGGUGUUGGAUACGAAUGUGGAGUACAGCGGGGAGGCGCAGUCGGAGCCCGAGGUGCUGCUGGCGCUGAGCCGCGCGCGCUCCGCCACCGCAUUCACUAUGAUCGCCAGCAGUAUGGUGGCACGCGGCCUGCCGCUGCACGUCGCACAGCACUAGGUAAUAAACGUGGAUACAAUAAGAGAAUUACAAUCUGUGAUGAAAUAGAUUUAAUGAAAUUAAAAUAAAUUAAGAAGUU